GUCUCCAUAUGAUGAUGGUUCACUAAAUUUGUCGCCAUUUCACUAUUCAUAACGUGAUGCAGUGGAGCGUGUGGAGUCGUUUUCGGGAUCAUCGACUAAAGCCAGUAUGUUUUUCAUUUCGAUCUGUUUACAACAUCAAGAAUGAAAUCCGCACAUUUUCAAUUAGAAGCCGUUGGAUAUUACCAAGGUCUAGAUAUGCACCAACCAUCUGUAAUCUUCGUUCGACGCCUGAGCGUAUGCGUAGUAAACCAACUGAAGGUUUUGGAGAUCCUAAUCACAUUGAUGCACUUUUGGAGAGUGGAAAUUUAAUUCAGGGUAAAUUAUAUGAGACGACAUCUUACUCGUAUGUAUUCAAUCCAUACGAUGGUCGACGUAUUCAUAUUCAUAAUGCAGAUCAACACGGAUUCCAUGGGGAUAUUGUACUAGUAGAACUAUUGCCUAUUAACGAAUGGAGAAUUACUGAUUUUUGGAAUUCUGAAGUACUUGAUCAAAUCAGCUCAGGAAAGGAGGUGAUUAGUUCAGAAAUAAGUCAACUUGAUGAAUCAGUUUUUGAUCCACCUCUAGAUGUUAUACUUGAAACGGAUACCAGUGAAUCAUCUGCACUCAUUGGUCUAACUCCUACCAUGCUUAUGGAAUUGAAAAAGUAUCGGUACCACACUGUUAAAGAAGUAGUCGAAAUCCUUCAAAGUUUACCCUACAGUUCAAUAUUAGACAUUUUAAAGAGCUUGGAUUUAUCCCGUAUACCCAGUUUUGCAUGUCCCUUACCAUAUCCUAACUUGAUUCGUACGGGUGUAGUAAGAAAAGUUUUAAAAUCAAAUCCAAACAAUGAAAGAAUAUUGGGUCGUCUUGCUUUCUAUCCAAAGUUUAUAACUGAAGGUUUUGAAAACAUUAGUCCUCCUAAAUGUCCUCCUAAUGUCUUAUCGAUAGACAAUAAGUUUCAUUGUAUACUUCUUCCUCGCUCUAAUCGUCAUCUACCUGUUAAAUUGAAGCCAAAUACUAUGCUUAAUGAUGCUAUAAAGGACAUGAAACUUGGUUCAGAAAAUAAUUUCGUUUGUCGAAUUCAUUGUCGGAACGAUAAAUCAUCAUAUCCUUCUGGAGUGAUUGAAGAGAACUUGGGAAAUUUGGAUGAACUAGAAAGAGAAACAAGAGGUAUUCUCGUGGAAUAUGGUAUAAAAGAAGAUGAAUUCACAUCUGAGCAUGUAAAAGGUUUACCAGCCAGUGCAGAUGAUUUCAAAAUACCAGAAAUUGAAUAUGAAAAACGAAAAGACUUUCGUUCUCAUUGUGUGGUGACAAUAGAUCCAGAAAAUGCAAAAGAUUUCGAUGAUGCUUUACAUAUCAGAAAAUUGAAUAAUGAUUUGUAUGAAGUUGGUAUUCAUAUUGCAGAUGUGUCCUACUUUGUCUACCCGAAUAGUCCAUUGGAUAAAAAAGCUGCAUUUAGAGCUACAUCUGUUUAUCUUGUUCAACGAGUUAUUCCAAUGUUACCGCCAAUUCUUUCACAACAUUUGUGUAGUCUUGUUCCCAAUGAAGAUCGUUUGGCUUUUUCAAUGGUAUUGACAGUGAAGGAGAAUGGUGAGAUUGUUAAUGAAUGGUUUGGUCGAAGCAUAAUCAGAUCUCGUUGUCGGCUAACAUAUGAUGAAGCUUGGGAUAUAAUUCAAAUGGCUAAUUCAAAUCCAUUUUCGAAACGCAACGCAAAGAAGGUAUUACCUCAGCCAGAAGCUCCAUUCACUUUUGGAAAUCUUCAUGAUUGUUUAGCCUCUUUGAAUAAGAUUGCUCAAAAUCUACGUAAUUCUCGAAUAGAAAAUGGAGCCUUGUCUUUGGAAAAACUAGAAUUAAGUUUUCAUCUUCCAGCACCACUUUCUACAGAAAAGAAUGCAGAGGCCAGAGGAAAAAUAAACGUUGAUGACUCAGGGAAUGUUUGGCCUCAGGGAUUUUCUGUAAAAGUACGCAAUCCUGCUCACUAUUUAGUUGAAGAAUGGAUGAUUGCUGCCAACCAAGCUGUUGCCAGAUUUCUAUUUCGCAAUUGUAUUAUGAGUUUUAAAGGUAAACAGGGUUUUUCGGUUGAUAAUAUCAGCGAAAAGAGUCGUCAAAGGUGUGGUGCUCUGCUAAGGAAUCAUGCAAAACCUGAUGAGAGAAAAUUUAACCAGUUGAUACAGAUAGCAAAAAUGUAUGGUAUAAAUCUGGAUAUCUCCGAUUCAGCAUCCGUUGCAGAAUCAAUUAAAAAGUUAGCACACAGUGUUGUUGAUGAUGAAAAAUGCAAUGAUAAAUCACUUCUAGGGGAUUUAAUAUGUUCUCUAAGUUAUAUGACAUAUGUUCGCCUUUCUGUAGCGUUGUAUUUUAAUCUAGAGAGCGUAUAUAAUAUACUUUGUAAACGAAACCAGAAAAUAGACUUUUUAGGAAAGACUCGGCCUACUUCUUAUUACCUACGAACAUUAUCUUUAAAUCGUGAAUUGAUAAAAAAACAAAAGCGUAAAAAUAUUUUGAAUUAUACAUGGCAUUAUGGUCUUAGUAUACCAUUGUAUACCCAUUUCACAUCACCUAUUAGAAGGUAUGCAGAUUUAGUAGUACACCGUCAAAUGGCAUUUAUAUUGGGAUGUGAUGAUUCAAUUUAUCCUGAAUUAAAACAUCUUUUCAACCAAAAUCAAAUUAUAUUCAAAGUUAUAUUAAUUCAAUAGGUAUUUCAAAAAUGGAAUUAUUAGCUGCUUGGUGUAAUGAUCGACGAUUAAAUGCUAGACGAGCUAGUGAAGCAAGUCAACGUCUCUUUUUAACAGCUUGUCUUAGAAAUUCUGGUCCGUUUUAUGAGAAUGGAGUUGUUAUGGGGUUGUCAUCUAAUAGAAUCAGAAUUAUGAUCAGUUCGUUUGGUUUAGUUAUCGAAACAGAAAUUAAAGAGUUCUUAAAACAUGUUUCUUAUUGGAAAUUCAAUGAAACCGUGAAGAUGAAUAAUGAUUCAGGAAAUAAAACAUUGGAAUCCAAUGGAAAGUCCGAGAAUAAAAAUCAUGCAAAAAAAUUUAUCUCAGAGUUGGGUCGCUCAAUUACUGUUACAUGGGAUGAUUUACAUAAAAGCCGUAGUGUACAAAGCUCUAAACAAUGCAGAAUAUCUAUCCUUACAAUUUUACCAUGUCGUGUAUUUUGUCUUCCAAAUACACUUGUUCCACGUGUAGAAUUAGUCAAAUCGGAUGUCAUGUCUAGUUAAAAUGCACACUAAUUAUUACCUAGGGCAAAAAAAUGUCCCUUAUGUACAGUGUAUAUUUUUGAAAGAGAAGACCAUUUACCAUUGAUAGUUAACCUUUAUUUAUUUAUUCAUUUUUUUGAGUCUACUCUGAAGUAUAAUGCGAUGGGAUUGUGAGCCAGUGUGCCAACUUUAAAACUGUCAAGGUUAUGAUGUUUAAAUGUUGUACAUACGAGAAAUGAAUCUAAGUGGGAUAAGAAGAGAAAAUAAUAAUAAUAAUAAUACGUUUCAAGGCUAUGGCGUAUGUUUUGAUAGGCGGUUAGCGUAACAGAAACCUAUAUGAAUAGGAUCAUAAACUCGGAUC